ACCGGACUCUGGUUGCUUGGGAGUUCAGGUGGACAACAGCAACUUCUCAGAACUGCUCUUCACUCCUAACUUCUCCCGAGCCUCUAGAAGAGAAACGCACUCUUCUGGGUCCUAACGGAGUCUGGAAGAAGGCUUUGGACAGAACAGGGACUAGGUUUUGUGGACAGAAACAAAGUGUUUGGGAGAGAUUAUGGCCAGUGGUCAAGCACGCCCCCCGUUUGAGGAGGAGAGCCCCCAGCCUAGCACAACGGUGCGGUCCCCCGAGGUGGUGGUGGAUGAUGAAGUGCCAGGACCAUCAGCCGCUUGGAUAGAUCCCAGCGUCCAGCCUCAAUCCCUUGACCUGAAAAGGAAGAGCGAAUGGUCAGACGAAUCCGAGGAGGAGCUGGAGGAGGAGCUGGAGUUGGAGCGCGCCCCUGAGCCCGAGGACACCUGGGUGGUGGAGAUGCUGUGUGGGCUCAAGAUGAAGCUGAAGCGAAAGCGAGCAUCCUCCGUGCUCCCUGAGCACCACAAGGCCUUCAACAGGCUCCUUGGGGAUCCUGUCGUUCAAAAAUUCCUGGCCUGGGACAAAGACCUGAGGGUGUCAGACAAGUAUCUCCUGGCUAUGGUCAUAGCGUAUUUUAGCCGUGCCGGCCUCUUCUCGUGGCAAUACCAACGCAUUCAUUUCUUCCUGGCUCUCUACGUGGCCAGUGACAUGGAGGAGGACAACCAGGCCCCGAAACAAGACAUCUUCUCCUUUCUCUACGGGAAGAACUACUCCCAGCGACCCUUGUUCCAUAAGCUUCGAUACCAGCUCCUCUGUUCCAUGCGCUGGAGGACGUGGGUUUCCCCAGAGGAGAUGGAGGAGAUCCAGGCUUAUGACCCAGAGCACUGGGUGUGGGCCCGAGAUCGCACCCUCAUUUCCUAGAGCUCCGGGGACAUGGAGGCCUGAGGUCAUCGGCCUGAGGGAAGACUUGGAUAUGUCUUUAUCAGCAGCAAGAAAACGGACUAAGACAGGGUUUCAACAUAUGAAUUUUGAGGGGGGGCACAGAUUCAGUUCACAGCAGUGAGGAUGCAGGGAAAUGAAGACUCUCUACGCUUUGGGUUGGAAUUUAAACUUGUAAAUUAGACUUGUAAAGUCUUCAGAGACUCACAUAUGACUUGCGAGAUCAAGGCUGUGUUCUGGCAGGUCUCUCACCAUUGGCAAAAAAAAACCAGAAAAGUAUCAUUCCCAUUGAAUAUCCUGCUACAUAAUGAAUUUUCACAUUGAACAUUUAAUUUCCCAUUUAAAUAAACCCAUCUGGAAUUUGA